AUGGUACCGACACGAGCUCUCGCCCGCCCUCUGCGCGCCCUCUGCGCGAGGCCAAUCGUCCCUUAUUGCCAGCCGUACAUCCGUGCUAUAACUACAUCAUCGACUGCGCAAGCCUCCGUCUCGACCGGGUCCACCGAAGCUCCCAAGAAGCGCAAGCCGCUCACAAAGGACCAACGCGAGUUCCUCGACUCUGCCCUCCGAGUAAACCAAGCCGGCGAACUGGCUGCCGUCCUCAUCUACGCCGCUCAAACCCCGGUUCUCCUCCGCAACCGCCCGCACCUCCGGAAGCUGAUGGGGCACAUGUACGACCAGGAGGUAGGCCACUUUGACACCUUCAACAGCCUUAUCCACAAGCAUCGCGUCCGACCAACCGCAAUGUACCCCCUCUGGUCCGUCAUGGCUACCGGUCUUGGCUGGUCCACCGCCAUGAUGGGCUACGAAGCCGCCAUGGCCUGCACCGAAGCGGUAGAAACUGAGAUCGGUGGCCACUACAACGAGCAGAUCCGCAGUCUGCUCGAGAUGAUCACGCAAUGGGAAGCCGAGGGCUACGAAGUGGGGGAGGAGCUGUCAGGGUUGGUCAAGACGCUGAGGAGGAUUCGUGAUGAAGAGCUGGAGCAUCUGGAUCACGCUGUUGAGCACGACGCCAGAAAGGCAGAGCCACACUGGCUCCUGACUGGAGUGAUUCGAGCCGGUUGCCGAGGAGCUAUCUGGGUGAGUGAAAAGGUUUGA